GGAGCAGCCAAAAGAAAAGAACUAAAAGACGAAGAGGAUAACGAGCCUGACGUAUAUAGACCCGGAAGAGAAAAAGAGAUAUACAAAAAAGUAUGUUCUUCUAUAGAAGUGUGGGGGGUUUUUUUUAAAUAUAUAUAUAUAUAUAUAUAGUUGACGCGCCUAAACGCUGGUCCCUUGAACGACGACUCCUUACAUGCUAUUUUCAGAGAAAUUAUGUCUGCAUCCAUUGCCCUACAAAAAGAUGUUUCUAUGGCAUACUUAGGUCCUCCUGGUACCUUCUCCCAUCAAGCGGCAUAUAAAAGAUUAGGUGACAGUGUCGCUUAUGUACCUCAAAAGCAAAUUGCCAAUGUCUUUGAAGCUGUUGAAAAGGGCCAAACAACUUAUGGUAUCAUACCUUUUGAAAAUUCAACCUUUGGAUCUGUUGUUGAGUCAUUGGACUAUUUCAUUCAUACAUCAGUCAGAGUGCGUGCAGAGACAUAUUUGACAGUACACCAGUGUUUACUUUCCAACAGUAAAUUAGAAAAGAUCACGAAAGUGUAUAGUCAUCCACAAGGACUAGGUCAAACACAAAAAUGGCUGUCUGCACAUAUUCCUAACGCAAAGCGUAUAUCUGUCAAAUCCACCGCAGAAGCUGCAGAAAAGGCUGCUUUAGAAACAGGUGCUGCUGCAAUUUGUAGCGAAAUUUGUGCAGAAUUGUAUGGAUUGGAAGUUGUGCAAGCUAAUAUUGAAGAUGUAGCAGGAAAUACAACACGCUUCCUUAUUGUUGGAUCAGCGAGCGAUACACCUACUAAUGAUGAUCAUACAUUGAUUUCUUUCACUGUGGAUCACCGCCAACCAGGCGCAUUGUGUGAUGGGCUAAAGGUCUUUAAGGAAUAUGGAUUGAACUUGUUCAAGAUUGAUUCAAGACCAAGUGGACAACGUCCUUGGCAUUAUGUCUUUUUUGUUGAAUGUUCAGGUCACUUUGAAAAUGAUGAGAUCAAGAAAGCACUCAAGGAUCUCGAAAAAUUCUGCUUGGAUGUAGUUGUCUUGGGUAGUUUCCCUAACCAAAGACCUGAAUAAUAAUGAUAAUGAUAAUGGUAAUAAUAAUAAUAAUAAUAAAAUAGUAUACACAUUUAUUAGAGAAAGA